GUCAUCGGGUCUGAUUAGAAGAUUUACGUGAGCCAGUCAGAGGACUGCUGAAGAUGAAGCCAAUACUUGUUUUCUAUAUUUUGCUAAACCAGGUCAUUGGCCAGACAGAAGACAUGUAUCCUGCAAAGAUUCUGGUCCAGCAGAGAACUGUAAGCGAGGGCAAUGACCUGUAUGUAAUCUGCAGCAUGUUCGGUCUAAAGAAGCACCCCUCUUUUUAUGUUUAUUUACUGAAAGAUGGACAAGGAUUUCGUAAAUUAAAACAGAAGCAAACUUUGGAUGAUGUUCUUUUCAUAAUAUCUAAUCUUCAUCUUGAUCACAGUGGAAAUUACAGUUGCUUGUACUCCACUAAAAAUUACAACCUUUCUGAUGUAGAAGGGAAAGGACAGAAUGAAGUUGAGAUUCUGGUUAUAGCCAAUUUCAUCCCAGCAGAGCUCUCCAUAGCUGGACCUUUCACAGUUCAUGAGGGAAGCCACAUUGAGUUCAAAUGCACAUAUUCGGAAAUCCUGCACACUCUCAAUAACUGUCAACUCAUCUACUGUUGGCUGAAGAAGAAUGAGACCAUCCUUCAAAUACAAGUAUUUGAUCUUGCUCAGAUGGAAGCCUCUUUCAGCAUUGAAGGUGCCGUUUCAAGGGAUUCAGGUCCAUAUAGUUGCCUUUUGCUGCCAUCAAAAUGCUUCCAGAAACAAUGGAAUGAGCUGCAAGGAAUAAAUACGUUGAUUCUGGAAGUCAAAGAGGAUUUGAUCCCAUGGGUGGCUUUGUCUUGUGGAUUUAUAGUCCUUCUGCUGCUUUUCAGCCUGUGUCUGGGAUGGUUCAUUUACAAAAAUUACUUCAAACUUUUGUACAAGCCAUGUGAGCAGCUGAAAACAGAUGUGUUGGUGCUGACAGAUGUGGAACCACAACAGGGAUCAGAAGAAGAGAAUUCUUUCAGCAUGGAGAGCGAAGAAGAAAAUCAACAGCGUUUUGAGACAACAACGAGUGACGUCUACUACGCAAAUGAGAGAAUUUAUACCGUUAUUCCAGAUGAUUCAACCGCAGGACAGAGUACUUCGCGUGUGCUGUACACCACUUCUGUCACUAAGCAAUAAAAGUCAUCAUGAAAGUCUCCAGAACAGACUUCACCUGAAUGUGAUGUAUAAAUCAAUUACAUGCAUGUAUUUUGUUCAUUUGACUUUUGUGCUAAUCCAGGACAAUGCAACAGUGUUGACCUGAUAGAUUUACCCACAAGGACAGCGCAUUGUUCAUACAACUUGAACUUUUUAUAUUUUGUCACAUAAUUUCAAAUGACUUAAAAAACGUAAAGUAAAAUUAAAAUUUUUGUUUUGUUUUGCA